UAAACACCCGGCUUUUGACAAUCAAACAGCUGUUUGUUAACGUCAUAUUAAAAAUUCUGCAGUUGAUAAUUGUUGGCAUUUUUUCACAAAAUUGGUAUCAGUAGUGCAAUUUGGAGAUGUAACCUCACGUAAAAUUACAUAAAAAUGCACUAAAAAUUAUUUUAACAGUUAAAGUAGUUAAAAAGGUUGUGAAGAGACGAACUAUUCUAAAAAUACCAGUGUACUCCUGCAAGCACAGCUAGCCAAGAUGUUUCGCAUCGAGUCGUACGUUACGCCGGUCAUUAUGGAGUACGUGGCAAAGUAUGUGAAGAACAUACGAUCAGAGGAUAUGCAGCUCUCCCUUUGGGAAGGUGAAGUCACGCUGCAAAACCUUGAUCUGCGACUGGACGUACUCGAAGAGGAAUUGCAGUUGCCUUGUGAAUUUUUAUCAGGCCAUGUGCAUGAAUUGACUAUACGUGUACCGUGGACUAAGAUCACUUCAGAACCAAUACGCAUUAUAAUUAAUACAAUUGAAUUUGUGCUUAAGCUCAGACGUUACAAGCCAGAUGAUGUUUCGUCAGCAAGUUCAUCACCACAACACAAAGUUGGCGAAAUGGCUAAAAAGCGCAAGCGCGCAAAUGAUGAUCAAAAUGCUGUACAACAAACAGCAGGAUCUGGUAUUGUAAACAAAAUAAUUAACAACAUUAACUUGGAGUGCCACAAUAUAAUACUUAAGUAUGUGGAAGACGAUAUUGUCGUGUCAAUGAACGUGCAACUUAUGCAGUUCGGCGCAGCAGAUGAGCGUUGGAAAAUGGCCAUGACAGAUGUUCAUCCUGUAAAAGUGAUGAUGCGUAAAUUAGUCAAAGUAUCGGACCUUACCAUAUGUAUGGAUAAACGUAAUUCAGCUGGACACAUUGAAGUGUGCCAGGAGCCAAUAUUAUAUAGAUGUUCGUUUGAACUGCGCAUACUGCGGAAAUAUAACACCAACACGAUGGCAAGUACAAGUGUAAUUCGGGUAGGAAUAUUUACAAAAUCGAUGGACAUCAAUAUUACAUCUAUGCAAUUUCCAAUGAUUAUGCGCUUGGUAGACAUAAUGACUGAGUUUGGCCGGCCAAAUGGAAAAGGCUUACUAAUAGAACAAGACGAAAUCUUCGAAGACCAAGAGAAUGUUGAAGCUAAUAGCACUUCACUCUUACUUUGGGCCUGGAAUAAACUGCCAUCAUUAUCAUUUGAACCUGGGGAAUUCGAUGAGCCUGCUGACGAAGAGGUUACUGGUCAUUUAAGAGAUAUUGGUGUAUAUUUGGAAGAGUUAAACAUUAAUCUAAAAAACUCUGAGUUGAUUGUGGAUACAUUUGUUAGUAAUACUAAACGCAUUAAGUAUACACCCAUUGUACGUUUAACCCUCGGCGGCUUAUACUUUGAAAAAGUCUCAUGCGAAGAGCAGAAUUGGCGUAGUACAAAAUCAGGCAUCUCAUAUUUAAUAGUCGAUCCUUUGGGUUGCUACAGAGUCGAUGAUAUUUCCGAGUCGGCAUUGGUUUCGAGCGCUUCUUUGGAAAAAGACACAGGCUUUUUGGAUAGUAGCCUCUUCGAUGAAAAGGCCGCGGCGUUUAAUCUCAGCACAUUCUUUAACUACGAUGCGUACAUGUUACAAUAUACUGACGAGUACUUGCUGAAGCGCACACCCAUUAUUGCUUUUGAUUCCGUCGAAUACAAAACCCCAAAGCUUCGUGAUAACCAGCAGCAAGAACUCGACUUGUCAACAGCAGCUGUAAGGGACACACAUCUCGCGUAUCGUGUACUUUCAUCUGGUCUCACGUUCCGAUGGAAUCAGUCUUUUCGACAGGUUAAACAAACAAUACAAGAUUUAAUUGAUUCUUACGACUACUCAGGCUAUCAUGUAGACCAGUUAGAUAUGGCUGCGCCGAGCAGCUCAAGCACAUCCAAACUGCCACCACCACUAAUGGAGGACUACGAUGAGCUAAUGACAUUCAUACCGCUUCGCAUCUAUAAAUUUGAUUUGAAAAAUAUAAACUUUGAAAUUUAUAUUAGCACGGAACCAGCAACAGCCACACAAAAGGGCCAACAUCGACUGCCGAGUGCAUUAAGGCAAGCUAUGCCCUACUUCUUGGCACAUAUUGAAAACGUAGAUGGAACUUUGUGUACACCUCUGAAUCCCGAUAAGCUAGUGCACACUACCUGCCAACUGCCGGAAAAGCCACACGUUCUAAUCGAUGCUUGCUACAACAACUACGCUAUCCAUAUAAAACAGUUCACCUUAUCAAUGGAGAACAGGAUGCGGAAGACUACUGCCAGAUUAAUGCAUAUACCACAUAUAGAAUUUGUGUAUUCAGACCUUUUGCAAAAAAAACAUUGGAGGGAAGACAUACUUAUACCGACAAGAAAAGCCGAUUUCAAUUGCGAACUCAUCAUUAUUGACUUUAAUAAGCGUGAUUUAAUAAUUGCUGAGCGUCUUUUAAAUUGUGUGCUUAGCUAUAGGCCGUACUUAUUGUGGAAAAUAGCAAAUCAAUCGAUGCAGUUGAUGAAAAACGAGUUACAUCCAACUUUGCAUACCGAGCUCAAAGGCAUUCACGCCGAUAUCCAAUGCUUCCAGAGCUAUACCUCUGCAUAUGCUGAAGUCUAUGCAUUGCUUUCAUAUGUGGUAACUUAUUCAAACUCCUGUAUAUCAAAACAUCUCUUGCUGGACUCCGAAAAAGGGAAUAAACCGAAGAAAUGGCUGAUGGUGAGCCUGCAAUUAAAUCCGGAGGGUAUCCACUUGACGCCAAAUAAAAAUGAAGAGCUUAUCGCGCUUGCCAUAUGGGUGGAACCUAGCUCAAUAUUUGUAGAUGUUGCACUGAUCGAGUUUUUAAAAUAUCAAGAAGAUUACGAUCACACUGUUGAAAAAGAACCAUCGAGCGAGGUAGAAUUGCACACUCAGCAGCUUCACUCACAUGCUCCAUCACAAACACAUGCCAGCUCUAGCCAACCCCCCCGAGUGCACACAAAUAUAACUGCAGCAAGUGGUACAGGUGCAGGUCCACCUCUUAUAAGACGCUCUUCACGUAAUUCUCUGCCCUCCCGCAAAAUUUCACAUCCUGAAGAGACUAUACACUUUAGCUCCGAACGCGAUGACAAAGUUGAUAUGGAUGCAUCGGUCAGCAUAUUAGCACCGACGUCCACUGAGCCAACGCCCAGCCCACUUUGGCAGCAAAUCAAAUCUUUAGUUGUCAGCAUAGAUCUCGGCCACAUAAGGCUGCAUAUAGCAGAAAAAAUUAAGUGGUAUAGUAAUCAAGAGGAUAUAAUAAGUGAAUAUACCCAAAUUCAAUUACCGAAAAUAGCGAUGCGAUCCACCAACGCCGAAAAUUUAUCACGCACCAAUCUCCAGAAGAAAUUCACAAUACAUACAACUCCGAAGGACACGAUAAAUUGGGUGAUUGCCUUGUAUGGGCUAAGUAUUAAAAGGUGCAAUUGUCCCGAUCUGGGUUCUGUAUUGCCAGAUGUGUAUACCACAAUUACUAUUGUCGUUACACACAAGACGCUGUUGAAGUCGGAUUUAACUUCAACCACGUCAACACUAGCUAGUUCUGUAAAAGAAAAAUCCAGUGAACACAUUAAUGAAGAUAUGAGAAUGUCCGCACAUGUACAAGGGGAAUCAUCUUCGGCGCCACUAACCGAUACCACAAAAUUAGAAUUUACUUCACUCUCAACGCAGCCACCAACCAAUUCAUUGGAAGUUGAUGCCAUAACAAUCCAUGUAGAUACGACGCCUAUACAUUUUCAUGUAUCGGAAACGAAGUGCAAGGCAUUACAUUUACAUAUGGAGAUUCUGAGUAAGGUGGUCACACUAAUGGGACCGAUGGCACAAUUAACCGCAAGCACACAAACCCAUACAUUUCCACCGCCUAUGCAAGUUGUAACUGCAUCCGAGGAAAGUGCUGCAAUAAAACAGUUUUUGGAGCUAGAAACUAGUUCGUCAGUAUCCUCGGUGUUCUUAGAAAAAAAAAUUCCAACAACCUAUACUACUUCUCUAUUUUGCCAAUGGUCCAUUGCGAAGAUAAUUUUUGAAGUUGCUGCACAAGAGCGCAAGAGUAAGAUUGUUUUUGAAUUUGAAGACUUACUUUCAACAGUUGACCAGCGUCAAGAUUUUACUAAGUUCACCGGCAAGGUUGGGCAAUGCAGCCUAACCUAUUACAUACCCGAUAUCAAUGAGCCUGGCACAUGGGUGAUCAACAGUGGUUUGUGUUUGAAAAUGCUCGGUGAGGUGGCAAAUAUGCCAUUCUUCAAUAUUGUAUACACUUCUGUGGGGCUUAAGAGCUUUUACACGCGCAUCGGCGUCAAACCGAAAUAUGACGCUAAUCGCUCAAUAGCUGAAGUUAUAGUUACAAUCCAAGCAAUGGAAAUAAUAAUGGAUUUGGAAUGUUUAAGGGAAUUUGUUGGUUCUUUGGGUGUUCUUUUCGUGGCCAGCGGCUGCAAAGCGUGUCCUAGUGCAGAGGUGCAUAAGCUGGUGCACGCAAAUCCGCCGACUGCUUCCGACCUUCCGCUGAUUCAUUUGGAUAGCAAGGGAUUUACUAUAUACACGCCUUUAGCAACAGAGCGCGAGUGUUGUACAGCGGUUAUUUGGAAAAUUGAAUCCAUUAAAAUUACACCCAAUUUGGAGAAUCCACUCCAGCGCAAUCCCUUACGCGCCGAUGUGUACAGCAAAGCGGCGCAAUUAGGAUUUCUAAAUACACCCGGUUCGCUGGUUGAAGAUCGUCAAUAUGAGUUGGUUUUACAAAAUCUUUCGGUGUCUACUGGUGACUGGAUGGAGAUUUUGGGUCAUAUGGCACAGCAAGCAAAAACAUUUCAGCAUUCAAACCCAGCGGUGGAAUGGAAUUCCCAAAAUCGAGAUUCGUCGCCAUAUAUUGCAGAUAUUUUCACGCAUUUCACUUUUAUUGGUAUCUUCGCGCCUUGUAUCGCUUACAACAACGUAUUGAUUUGCGGUCAGGCGGUGGAAUUCAAUUGCGCCUCAGAUGUUAUCGCCACACUCAAUACAGAUCAGCUCUAUGCGUUUGGCUGUUUUAUAUGUCUAAUAAAUAAACUGUUUGCUGUUGCCAAAAAAAGUAAUAAAUCAAGAACUUUUGUUCCUGCGUUGAGAAUGCUAAAAGCGCAGCCAUGUCAGAGCGAAUCUGGCAGUAUUUCAAAGACUUCUAGUAGUUCUAUACAAUGCGCUGAACUACUUAUUCUUCCGUUGAAUAAAAAUACCCGCAACUCUGCAUCAGCGUUUGAACCAAUAGAUGAAUAUACCGAGCACAAUCUGAAAACCGACUCCGGUAUUCACUCGCAACAAUCACGGCUAGAGCACCUGCCUCAACUCACAUCGGUCACCGAUUCUGUUGUUCGCAAAUUCCCUCAAACUGUUUCAUUCAUAGCCGGCACUUUCACCAUAAAGUUAUAUGAGGUUGUUGGUAAAAUGGCAGACACUUCCGAGUCAAAAGGAAAAUGCUCUGAAAAAGUAGCUAGGUUGCAAUUGGCCCCGUUGCUCUCCUUCUCGGUGUCUCAGCCGAGCUUUAUGUUUACGCAAAAUAUCUACGACAGUAUUACGCAGAUAUCGGUUUUCAAUUUAAAUAUCCAAUCAGUACCCGCCAUGGGAUCACAUACUGAUGAUGCCAACCCGUUUUCGGUAGAGUUUUUGGACACAAGGCCUGGCGAGUUGAGUACCACCGGCAUACCGCCUCCACUAGUCACCUUACGUAAACAUAUAACUAAGCAACGGCUCGUCGAGACCGACGUUGAAGUAGCAAGGCCCAUAAUCAUUACACUUCUGGAAAGUCAAACGAUAGUUCUAUUGCACAAUAAUUUAAUCUUGUACCAAACCGUUUUGCAAAGUGGCUGUCUCGACCCACGGACAACAAGAGUUGUACAAAAAGCGUCUAAAAUUAUGCUCAUGCGUAAUCAGUUCUACGACUCUGACCGACUGCAUGCAAAGCUUGAUAAAGUGGUGCUGCUGAUGAAGAAUGAAGGUGAUUACGAAUGUAAAUUAGUGUGCGCUGAUACGCACUUCAAUGCCACCUUCUUACAGCGCCCAGAAAAAUCUAUUCUUAAAGCCUCUUUUGGUGCAGUACAUGUGCAAGUGGGCGAAAGAAUAUUUAUUCAUCCAAUUUCUCUGCGUACAACAUUUACUUUUGUCAGCGAACCGUGGUACUAUUUACCGUUGGUGAGCGGCGCAGUCAAAUUGGAUGUGGUGCAUUUGGAUGUAGAUAUGAGUGGAAUAAAAGAGCUGCAGCGCACCCAACGAGGACUGGAUAGAAUGGCCGCUGAUGUCAAUGAGCAAUGGUUGAGCUUUUUGAGCAACCGCCCUCCAAUGGGAAAACCGGCAGAAGUGUCUGCUGAAAAGUUGGUUCCUAUGAAAAUCUCUAUUAAAAAUUUGCCUGAACUUAAAAAUGCAAAUAAAAACAAGGAGAAAUUGACACGGGAGGAAUUUUAUCAAGACGACCUGAGGGCUGGUGCAUUUCAGUUUGUCGAUAUGACUACAGACACUUUCCUGCCGCUACCUUAUCAAAUUCAAAUAAUCAAAAAGAAUUAUGGCAUUAUUUGUUGGCGUUACCCUCAACCAAGGAAAAUGUGUAAAAUUCAUGUUUUUCCAGUGCCAAUGGCGGCCCAAAAGCCAAUUAAUAUACGCUGCCAAAUGGAAUAUUUUAGCGAGUCGCAUGAAUGUUUUCUGCAUUUCAGUGAAUUUUGGCUUUCCGAAACCGCAUCCAAAGAUAUUGUAUUGCCUGAGCGUGAGAUCUGUGCCAACAUUUGGCGUGUUGUCAUAAUGCAAUCUUUAGUCGCCGUGAAUGGGGAAUGCUUUGAGCCCAGUGAAGAGGAGGAGGACAAGAUUCCAAGCUUAAAAAUUGAGGAGCUCCUCAAAAUCGAAAGCAACGACGACGAAUUCAUUUUACAUCCAAAAGUGCUUGUAGGCUGCAUGCGCAUUGACACGGCUUUUCAAUCGGAAAGUGUACCUAAACUGCAGGUGUUGCUCUCAUGUGCGUCGCUUCAAUUAAAAUUGCUCAAUCAAUCCAAUAAUGAAUACAAUUUGCCACCCGCUUUGGCCGAAUAUACACUGGCUCCGUCCAAGCAAAUAAGUCAAGCGUUCUUAGUCGUUUCAGUAGAAAAUCUGAGCAUACAUGCGUCUUUCAACACCCCAAACAUUUACAGCGUAAAUAGCAGUUUGACCGUAAACGUGAAAUGUCUAGAUUACGGAUUUUUGAAUAUGCUUUCUGUGCUAGAGGACGCAACUUUGCAGAGCUACGUUAGCGUAAACCAACUAAAACGCACCUUGAACAUCAACGCAGUCUUUGAAAAGUUCCGUAUCAAUAUUGGCCCAUCAAUACUUCACACUUUACUCUCAUCGCAGGUGCAUUGGCAAGAGCUACUCCAAGCGUCUGAACCUCAGGAAUGUCAUGUACUUUUGCCGAAAUGUAUUAUUGUGAAUCGUAUGCAUGCGGUGGUAUCCUUUGGGCAAACAGGCACCACAGAACGCAUACAACUGCAACCGUUGGAGUGCAGUUUAUACAGUUUUAGCAGUAAUGGCAGCAACCAAGAGCUUUCCUUUUUCAUUGCUGACAAUGAGAUGCGCAUUACUGAUGCGUCGCAGUCGGUUGCCAUUCCCUUCAAGUUCGAUGGUGAGCGCAUGCUGCAAACUAUUCGUAUCGGCGAUAAAUGUCUCAUCAUAGAGUCGCAAAAACUGUCAUCCACUCAGGUGGUAGUGCUGCUGAAAGGGCAGAUUGAGCUUAUUUCCAUGGUACCUCAAGAGUUGCAUGUAGAAUUUCGAUUUGACGAAAACCAAUGCGACGCAGAGAAGCGACCGCUUCAGUAUUUAGUAAAAAAGGAAGGUUACGCAUCAUUUUACGCAGCGGUACAGCGUGUAUCAAAUGUAUCAAUGAGACUGAAGAUGUUGACUCCAAAGGUGAAAGGGCGCACUGGUGAUAUACCCCUAAAGCCGAAUAAAAAAUUGCCAUGGCUAGUGAAAGUUCCCACAUCAAAUAACGAAUUUGUUAGCUUCUGGGUUCGUGUUGUACGCGAAGAUAUAAAUGAACUUUGUAACGAAGCGUUCGAGCCGCAGCGUAUACUCGUCACAAUCUGGCCCAUAUUUGAGGUGCAAUCGCGACUACCAUGCGCUCUGACAGCCCAAGAGCAUUCAUUAGGAAAACAUUUUGAAAUUGAACCAUGCGGACGAUACGUACUUGAUGUACCUGCUACACACCUAACUGAGCAUAAAGUGACAUUCCAAACCAAAUAUCCUUUGAAUUGCGAAAACAGCACAGAGCAAACACUUUCAUUGAAAUCGAUGCAAUGGAGCACUUUCUUUUGUUAUGAUGAGAAAAGCUGGGGUAUAGACGACGCGGUCUAUAAGCUCAAAACUGCACAAAUAUUAAGAUCAAAAUGGCUUCUCGAUGAUGAAGACGAGUUACGCGUGAAACGCACCUCCUAUGGUACCGGUACUGCGGAUCUAUUGUAUGUGAUGAAACCGGUAGAAGAAUUUUCAUGUUCCACAUGUCUGGAAGUAACAUCCUGGGCGUUGUUCGUCAAUUCCACUGGCAUAGAUGUUGGUAUAAGCAUAAGUCAAUCGAAGAAGCGCACCCUCAUCAAAUCGAAUUGUCUUGAAAUGCUGGGAGAAAUCACUGGUUCAUUCACCGUAGAUUUAAACAUGGAAGAUGCGGGCGUAAAAUGGGUUAGCUCAAUGCCAAUUUACUGUAAUGGUAUCAGUCAGGGUGCGGCGCGUGGACAUGUUUUGCCCGAUAACGAUAGUAUAGAUUUUACUAUUGUGCAUGAUGAAAAAAUUUAUAAACUUGUGCUGGAGUAUAGAAUUAAAAAUGAGCAGCGUGUAUUUCGCCUCCGCCCAAAAUAUAUAGUUGCCAACUUCGCGAAGUGCAAAAUACAAUUAUUGGCCUUUGCAAUGGAUCACAAGGAGAGCGCACAACGACAAACUCUGGAAGAAUUUAACGUCGGCGCUACGAAACUGGAAUUAACAGAGAUACAGUGGGCGGAAAACUG